AUGAAAAGAUGUAAUCCUUUCACCUUCGGAUACUUUAAUGAAAGACCAAGUGUUGAAGAACAAGAAAGUUUAAAGGAAACACCUACGGCAUUACACAUUGUCGUUUAUAAAAAUAGAUUUGAUUUUAUUGACUAUAUUGUUCAUACAUUAGAAAUUGAUGUAAAUUGUAUAGAUGAAAAGGGAAAUACGCCCCUACACCUUGCUUGUGCCCUUGGUUUUUUGGAGUCUGUUCAGAAAUUAAUAGAAUUAGGAGCUGAACCAAUGGUGUAUAACAAAAAAGGAGUCAUUCCUCUCUUUAGUGCUUUAAGAAACAAUCACCUCUCAGUUGUUAUUUAUUUGAUUGAGCAUUGUAGAAGAGAAAUGUUAGCAGCAAUAGACUUACGAGGAUAUUCUGUUCUUCAUUAUGCAGUAUUUAUUAAUAGUUCAGAAUUUUUAGAUAAAUUAAAUAAUUUCUGGUGUAUUACUGAUUUAGUAAAUAAUAAUUGUAAUGAUGGAAUAUCUACUCCUCUUCACAUAGCUUCUAGAUAUGGAACAAAUGAAUCACUCCAAUGGUUAUUGAAACAUGAUGCUAAUACAAAAAUUGAAAAUGAGAUGGGUGAAAUUCCACUUAUUGUUGCAAUAAAACAUAAACAAACUAGCACAAUUAAUAUUCUUCUUCCAUUGUCACCUCUAAAUGUUCCCGAUAACUAUGGCCAACUACCAAUUCAUCAUGCAGCAUCAAUAGGAUACUUAUCAUUAAUUAAAAAACUUAUUGAGUUAGAUAAUGAUUCCUUAAAUAAGACUGACACUAAUGGUAAUUAUCCCUUCCACUGUGCUCUCAAAUCAAAUGAUAUCAAUACUAUUGAUUACUUUUAUCCUAAUAAACACUACUUUUCUAAAUCAAAUUCAUAUGGGAUGACCCCUUUGACAUUAGCAAUUGCAUGUGGAAAUACAAAAUCAUUAAAAUAUUUACUUACACAAGGAGCCUCUCUACAAACUAAAACUAUUUCUGGAACAACUCCAUUACUUUGUGCUGUGGCUCAUGGAAAACUAGAGAUAGCGCAACAAUUAUUCAAUAUUGAUCCAAGUUUUAUAAAUGAUAGAGACUAUAAUGGAAAUACUGUUUUUCAUUAUGCUGUUCAAAAUUCUAACUUUUGUGUUGUCAAAUGGUUAUACUCACUUGCAGGUCAAUUAUUUAGUCAACCAAAUUUUAUUGGAGAAACACCUUUGCAUAUUGCAUGUUUGACAAAAAAGUUAAAAAUGGUAAUUUUGUUAAUAGAACAAUACCAUCAUCCACUUGUUUGUUUUACAACUACACAAAGAAGUCCUGUUCAUUAUGCUGUUUUGGGAGGUGGUUAUGACAUAGUUAAAUAUUUACUUAAAAAAGCACCAACAACCACCUGCCAACCAGAUAAGAAUAAACUCAAUUUCCUUCAUUAUUGUUGUAGUAAAAGUUUCAUUUACUUACUUCCAUUAAUUUUGAAAAAAUUCCCAUUAUUAAUGAACUUUCAGGAUGGGUGUGGUAGAACACCAUUACAUAUUGCUGUUAUCAAAAAUGAUGCACUAGCAGUCUCAACUCUUGUUGAGAAUGGUUGUAAUUGUACGAUCAAAGAUAUACGAGGAUUGACACCUGCUGAAAGUGCAAUUAAUAGAGGAUAUAUACAUUGUUAUAACAUCAUUCAAAGAGUUCCAAAAGAACGUUGGACAACAAUUAAGAAAGUAGAAGUAAUAAAACAACCAAAUAAAUUUGACAAUGAAAAAAUACUUUCAUUAGUUAUAGGAAUGCACGUCAAUGUUGUUUGGAUUCAUAGAAGUGGGUGGGCAAUUGGUAUUGAUGAAAGAGGAAAUGCAGGACUAUUUUCUUUAGACAAUUGCAAAAGUAUUGAACUAAAUCCUAUUGAAAGACAACAAGUAGAAGCAAUUCUAAAAAAGAAGAAAUUCAUCAAAAAAGAUUUUGAAAAGAAGAGCAGAAGUCAAUCAGUAGCAAUUUCAGGCAAUAUUCUUGAAUUUGAUGAAGUUUUAACCCAAAGUAAAUAA